UGAGACUCUUGUCUGUGGAAGGUGUAUUAGGUUGAUGUGACUUCUGACAAUGAAGAGUGUGUGUUUUUGAAGGGGCUAAGAGUGGCACCGUGUCCCCUUUUGCAAGUGACUGAUGGCCUGAGGUGUAUAGUGAGAUGUCUUAAGCGUUAAAAUAGGAAGGUCCUAAAUCUUAGCUGUCAUCCUAAUAAUAUCACUAUCAUAUCUGAGUUCUCUGUGUUGAUAUGUAUAAUUUUUCCUACCCUUUUUUUUUCCAGCCCAUCAGUAGGAGUCCUACCCAGAUGAGUAGCUGUGUGAGGAGUUACUCUUUCUGAUAUUGGAGUGCCUUGGAUAACUCGGACAGCUUUUCUCCCAGGCCUUUCUCAAGUACUAGCCAGGUGCCACCAAUUACUACACUCCUACUGAAAUCCCCCAGUGCCUGCCUUCUGUAGUUGUCCUAGAGUGAAAAACAAGAGUGACAUAAAGAAACUCCAAAAGACUCAGAUGUCAUCUUUGCCUAUUUGGUUUUGUUUCAGCUGUUGCCCUUGAGCCCUGGCAGAAAAAAUUGAUUCUGACAGCCCCGAUGCUCUUGGCUGACUUGUUUUGUCUUGUCAUUUUUAGGCUUUUGCAUUCAUUAGUGUUUCUUUGGCUCUCAUUUUUCCAGAGUCAGGUGCUGAUCUGUCUUUUAUUCAUGGGUACACAUGGCUUUUUGUGUUUUAAAGAUAUGUCAUAACAUGUAAACUGCUCCUAAAGCUUCCAGUUUAGCAACCAGAGCAAUUAGGAAACCCAAAUGGGAUCACACCCAUGCACUACCACCUUACUUUUGCUGGCCCCAUGAAGGCACCAUGGGAUUUCUUCCCUGCCUGCUAAGCCACCUCUUUGUGACUGCUCUACAGAAGCAUGGAUCAUGAAGUAUUUGCUGGUCUCUUGUUUAGUUAGGCUAACAGUUUCCUUUAUGGGUGUUUUUGUUGUGCUGAAAGUUAGUUUCAGUAGUCUAAUUAUCUCCUUAAAGCACAGAGAUUCAUAGAGUUAUGAAUAAAAUAGGAGAGGGAAUUGUAUUUGCAGGAUGGUUUAGAUUUCUUGUUAAUUGUGCUCUUGCAGUCUUCAGCAACUGGUGCAGGGACUGUUCAUCAGUCUUGUCAGCUUUACAUGUACAUAAGCCUCGAUGCAAGCAUCAGAGGGCUUGAGAGGUUAAUCUGGCCAGUGGGAAAGGCUUGGAAGAGAUCUCAAUAAUGGACCCUUCCAGAAAUUUGGAAGGAAUCCAGCGGUGCCAGGUCAUUCUUUAGCAGUUUAGACAUCAAAGGGACAGCUAAUUCCAGAUGAUGUAGGCAGCCAAGAGUCAGAGUUCAGCCAUAAAGUUUAGUUUGAGGGUCUGGGGGGGGUCAUUAUAUCUUUUUUUGUUGUUGUUUUUGUUUUUUUUUCAACUUGUCAAAAAAGGAAUUACUUGACUUAGACUCAGCUGCCAUCUUAUAGGUGCUAGUAAGUGUUAAAGCUAGCAGCCUGGCAGAUUGCUGUCAGUUAGCCAAGUACCUAACUCCUGGAGGCAUCCAGGCAACAUUGCCAGAUGCACAGACUGUCUGAAGGGCACCUAUGGUUGUGUUGUUUGUGCAUGCUCUCAGCAGAUAAUGCUUAAGACGCCUGUUUGGGCACUUCUGGUGAUGCAAAGCCAUUCUUGUUCUGGUAGCUGGGUGCUGAGCUGAGCAAUGGCAGUCAGCAGAGCAAAGCAGCACUGAAUGGCUUUUCUCUAAACAAACUGUCACAGGCAGCUGCAGUUCAUUGACUAAUGAGAAAUGAAGAGAAGGGCAGCACAAGCAAGUGCCUCUCUGUGAAAGCUGCUCUAGAAGGCAUGGCAGCUCUCAGUUUUCACUCUUUGUGGGAGAGAAAAGCCCUUCCUGAGCCUUCUCUAAAACCUUUAAACAAGUAAAAUGAAACUACUUCUUUCACAACACUUGGUAUUUAGUAGAGGUGCACUCAGCCUGCGUUGUACUACUUGCACAGCGUUCAGAUUUCACAGUUGUAAAAGUCUGUUUCUUGUUCUGGCUUUAUGAGAUCCAUGAUAGUGCUGAGAAUGUGGGCAAAAAAAACCCCAAAGUGACCAUCAGCUUUGUCAUGUAAAGUACCUAGCUUGAAAAUCUACUUUUCCUUCCUCAGCCCCAACGCAUAGGAAAUAGACAGAGCUCAUACUUCAGAUGAGGAUUUCCCUGCGCUGCCCUGCCUUUACCCCUUGCAGUCUGUGUGCAGCUGUUUGUUUAAGGCUUUAGGUGGUGCUGCAGCAGUGACCACCUCACUGGUGCCUCAGAUAUUUUGCAAUUUUCUAGUCUGAGGUUUUUUUUUCCUGCAAGUAGAGAGGCAGUGUGAAGAGAGGUAGGCUGUUUUUACCUCGUGGUCAUUAGGAGGUGGCCUGUGCCAAGGUAAGCAAGCUGAAGCGUUGAACAAAGUGCACCUGCAAUUGAAGGCUGCUGAUCUUCACCAGAGAGCAAGCUGAGGAGAGCACAUUUGGAGAAGACUUGAUCUCUGGGGAUUCUGAAGGCCAGAAGAGCACAAAUCCCAGCAUUUUCACUAUGAAGAACUCCAAGAACUUCUUCUGUCUUCUCCUCUUUCCUGUCGCUCUCAGCCUGGAACGUGUCCGAUGGUGCACUGUCUCUGACCAAGAGUUUUUUAAGUGUAGUGACAUGAGUAAAGCCUUUGGUGGGGCUGGCAUCCUUCCCUCUCUGGAGUGCACAAAGGGAGGAUCAGCUGCUAACUGCACCCAGAUGAUCAAGGAUGAUUUGGCAGAUGCAGUGACGCUGGAUGGACGUUUGAUUUACCAGGCAGGAAAGCAGCAUGGUCUGAAGCCUGUGGUUGCAGAAGUAUAUGAUCAAGAGAUUGGAACUGCCUAUUAUGCCGUGGCUGUGGUAAGGACAGUCUCCAACAUCACCAUCAACAGCUUGAAGGGUGUCACUUCAUGUCACACAGGCAUCAACAGAACUGCAGGCUGGGAUGUGCCAGUGGGUUAUCUGAUUGACAGUGGGCGUCUGGCAGCAAUGGGAUGUGACCUCCCAAGAGCUGUAAGUGACUAUUUCAAUGCAAGCUGUGUUCCUGGAGCCAACAGCAUCAACUAUCCCAAAUCCCUCUGUCAGCUCUGCAAAGGAGAUUUGACUGGGCAGAAGAAGUGUCAACGCAGUUCCCAAGAGCAAUACUACGACUACAGUGGGGCUUUCAGGUGUUUGGCUGAACGUGCUGGGGAAGUGGCUUUUCUGAAGCACAGCACAGUGCCUGAAAAUACAGAUGGGAGAAGUCUUUUUCCGUGGGCCCAGCGACUUCGCUCCCAGGACUUCCAGCUUCUGUGCCGCAACGGCAGCAGGGCAGAGGUGACCGAGUGGAGAAGCUGCCACCUGGCCAGGGUCCCAGCUCGGGCUGUGGUGGUGCGGCCUGACACGGAUGGGGCUGUUGUCUUCCAGCUCCUCAACCAGGGACAACAAAGGUUUAAUGGGGUAGGUACCAAGUUUCAGAUGUUUGACUCUGCAGCCUACGGUGCCCAGAAUCUUCUGUUCAGAGACUCCACUACAGGGCUUGUUGCAAUCACUGCCCAGAAUUACCAGACAUGGCUGGGUGAGGAGUAUUUUCGUGCUGUGCAAGCCCUGAGCUGCGACCCCAACACGCUGCCAGAAAGCCUGAUCUGGUGUGUUGUGUCCACUGAGGAGAUCUGGAAAUGUGGGGAAAUGGCCACUGCCUUUAGGCUAAAGAAUUUGAGCCCAGCAAUUCAGUGUAUUUCAGCCAAGACAAAGGAAGAGUGCAUGGAGCUUAUCCAGAAAAAGGAAAGUCAUGCUGUAGCUCUGGGUGGAGCUGACAUUUACACUGCUGGGAAGACAUAUGGCCUUGUACCUGCUGCUGGAGAAAGUUACUCUGCUGAUGACAGCAGCAAUGCAUACUAUGCUGUGGUCUUAGUGAAACGAAACCCAUCCAAUGCUUUCACCAUCAAUGACCUGAAGGGGAAGAAGUCCUGCCACACAGGGCUGGGCAGAACUGCUGGAUGGAACAUCCCCAUUGGCUUGCUGAUUAAGAGGGGUAUCAUUAAGACCAGAGAUUGCAAUAUUCCUCAAGCUGUGAGUGAGUUUUUCUCUGCCAGCUGCAUACCUGGAGCUGAGAAGGUCAAUUCCCCACCAAAACUCUGUCAGCUGUGCAUUGGGGAUGAUAGUGGAAACCAUAAAUGCAGUGCAAGUAGCCAAGAACGUUACUACAGUUAUAGUGGAGCCUUCAGGUGCCUGGCAGAGGACUCUGGAGAUGUGGCCUUUGUCAAGCACUCGACAGUGUUGGAGAACACAGAUGGUAAAAACACUGACAGCUGGGCCCGGGACCUGCGUUCCAGUGAUUUCCAGUUACUGUGUCCAAAUGGUGCGCGUGCUGAAGUCACCCAGUUUGCUGAGUGUCACCUGGCUCAGGUGCCAGCUCAGGCCGUUAUGGUUCACCCAGAUACCAACAUUUUUGCUGUGUAUGGACUGCUGGACAAAGCCCAGGACUACUUUGGAAAUAACAGCAAUGGAAAUGGAUUCAAAAUGUUUGAUUCAUCAGCUUUUCAAGGCAAAAACUUGAUCUUUAAGGAUUCCACUGUUCGGAUUGUGCCAGUAGGAGAGAGGAGGACAUAUGCAGAAUGGCUGGGGAGUGAAUAUAUUGACUCUCUCGAAGGGCUGCAAACACCACAGUGCUCUGGGGCAGGAGACAUUUUAAAUCUACAGGUCUAUUAUCCUUGGGAAUUCCUUUCCAACUCUCCUUGCAGAACAGCUGUUUUCCCUGUAAUGACUUCUGGAGUUACCUACUGGGUGAUCAAAUCUUUGCAGCAGCUGGGCUUAUGUUCAAACUGCAUCAACAGCUACACCCUUCUCGUAUCACCUCGUCUUCUCUUCACAGUCUCUUCUUUCAUACUUGACUAUAGUGCUUAUCGAUUAGCGCCUUCCUGGGAAGCGGAUCCGUGGAAAGCACUGCUACUUCUGGCUGGAUCCUAUGUCACUCUGGUGUUUUAUACAAGAACAUUUACCAACACACUUGAAGGACUUCUCUUUGCUCUUCUGAUGGUAUUGGUUUCCUCAAAGAAGUCUGAUGGCAGCUUGGCAGUGCCGACAAGCGGCCCUCUUAUAGGUAUUAUAACGACUGCUGGGUUUUUCAACAGGCCAACCUUUCUGGCAUUUGCUCUAAUGCCCCUGCUUUACUGGGCAAGUUCAAUCAUUGACUCUCAGAAGAGCAUUAAAACUGUCAUAAACCACUUUUUGAAGCUUGUCCUAUGCGCUUGUUUUACUGCCACUGUUUUCAUAGUGGCCGACACCUUCUAUUUUACCUCCAUGGGUUUGGACAACCUCUACAGCAUUAGAAAGGGCAGCCUAGUCAAUGUGCUAGGCCAGUUAAAGGAGAAAAUUAUAGUAACCCCUUUCAAUUUUCUCAGCUAUAAUCUUAAUCCUCAUAAUCUUGCUCUGCAUGGAAGUCACCCACGAGUCACACACUUUGCGGUCAAUGGAAUAAUGCUCUUUGGGAUCUUGCAUAUUCUGGCCGUUGCUGCUGGUGUUAAAACGCUAAAGAAAUAUAUCCAUCAUUUAAUGUGGGCCAGAUCACAUUGCCAGGAGUCAUCUGGGCUAUUAGUGCUUUCCGAGGGCAAUCCGACAUUACUGCUGUUUUAUUUUGUUCCUUUGGCAUUUCUCUCCCUGUUCAGCCACCAAGAACCUCGCUUUCUCAUUCCUCUCAUCUUGCCAUUGGUCCUGUUCAGCACAUCUCAGCACAGAGCCGUGAAGUGGAAACACGUCAUUGUUAUUUUCAAUGUCCUAGGGGCUUUGCUGUUUGGGUGCUUACACCAGGGAGGACUGAUACCAUGUUUAUUUCACUUGGAGCAACUUGUGCAUACUCCAGAGUCCUUGAACCACCCAAGACACUAUACUCUACUCUUUGCUCACACCUACAUGCCUCCUAGGUCUCUGCUUAAUAUCAAGAAGAGAGACACGCAUGUAGAAGUCAUUGAUAUGGCUGGAUCUGAAGAAGAAACCCUCUGCCAAACAGUAGAGCAGCACGCAAACAAUUUUACCUGCAGUGACUGUCAUGUUUUUGUUAUAAUUCCUGGUACAGUCAGAGCCACAAUUACAAAAUGUGAUGUUUCAUUCAAGAAUGAGACUUUGGUAUUUCCACACUUGUCAAUGGAAGACCCACCACAGAUACCCUUGCUAUUCAGUGGGAAUUGGAGAAGCCAGUUAGGACUAUACAUCCUUCAGCUAGACAGAGAUCGGAAGAAGCUUUAGAUUUUAGGCUAGCCAUGUGUUAUUUUUUCCUUUUACUUGGGCACUGUCCAAAGGCACUGCAAGACCACUUUCUUCACAGACCCACUUUCAACACAAGCAGUGCCACUGGGAGUUCCUCUGAGAUUCCUUAUUCCAUUUCUUUGUGAUUACACUCAUCCAGUGUAGCCAGUUCUGGAGAGAACCUGCUUAAAAGUCAUUCAUAUGAACUUGUGUCAUUUUUCUGAUGAAAUCGGGACCCAUCUUAGCUCUUCCUAGCUGAGAUUUAUUUUUGAAAGUUCUUACACUCUUGAAAUCAAUCUGAAUCUUGUGUUUACUGAUAGUAGGCUUUCAUUCAGCUGCUGGAGAGAAGUUACAGGACUAGACAAAAGCUUGUCUGACUCGGUAAGAUUUUAUUUUAGGCUGUUAAAAAUACAGAGCUGUCUUGGCUGUUAGACCAGACUGCAGCCACAAUGCAGGCAGCAGCACUGUAAUUUUGUGUUGAGUAGCUCCAUCUUGAAAAAUCCCCAGCACUGAUCUGACAGAAUCUGAUUUAGGACAUGGAGGAUGCUUCAGUGUAAGUACUUGUGCUAAAUCCUAAAAUCCAAGCUUUGCCUGUUUAGCGUUCCUUACUGCUGCUCCAUUCUUGAGGACGCGCUACGCGUGUAUUACAACAGGCACUUGAGAAGGCUGCAUUUUGAGGGCAUUAAGCCUAUUGAUCAUUUAGCUCCUUGCUCAAGAAGCUGUGCAGACAAAGCAGGGAGCUCACAGGGAUCUGAUCCUGUGUUUACAUUUGACCAGAUAGAUCUCUGAACAGGCUGACCAUAGGGUUAGAGGUGUGGGAGAGCAUAUGAGGAUCCAAGGGUGGAGCCACUUCUGCUGUGCCCCACUUUUCACUAACCACUCCUCAUUAAAUCAGCUUAGUGAGAAUGACAGCUUGCAUCCUGGUUCUCUAUUGGAGAGCAGUCUGACCUUAAAGUGUGAUACCAAUAACCCUCAGCUUCAGCUGAGAAUGCUGUAUAUGAGUUUACACACAGAACCUGCUCUUAUAUGCUUAUGGCACAACUAACAAUUUUUGGGUUUGCCUGCCUGAACUUCUGGGUUCAAAACAUCCAGAGGUGCUCAUUUGGCACAUACACGGUAGGUCAAGCCUCUCUGUAACUGAAUCUUGGCACUUGAAAUUCUUUUGCUCACAAAGGCAGUAAUCCUUUUUCUUAGAGUCACAGAAUUGUCAGGACUGGAAGGGACUUCAAGGAUCAUCUAGCUCCAACCCCCCUGCCAUGGACAGGGACACCUCACACUAGAUCAGGUUGCUCAGAGUCACAUCCAGCCUGGCCUUAAAAACUUCCAGGGAUGCAGCUUCUACCACCUCCCUAGGCAACCUGUUCCAGGGUCUCACCACCCUCAUGGUGAAGAACUUUCUCCUAACAUUCAAUCUGUAUCUACCCACUUCUAGUUUUGCUUCAUUCUCUCUAGUCCUAUCACUACCCAACCUCCUAAAGAGUCCGUCCCCAGCUUUCUUCCCUUCAGACACUGGAAGGUCACAAUAAGAUCUUCCUGGAGCCUUCUGCUCUCCAGACUGAACAGCCCCAACUGUCUGUUUCUAUAGAAGAGGUGUUCCAGCUGUCUGAUCAUCCUCAUAGUCUUUCUCUGGACGCACUCCAGCACAUAGAUUCAGUCAAGGUUGGAAGGGACCACAAAGAUCAUCUAGUUCCAACCCCCCUGCCAUGGGCAGGGACACCUCACACUAGAUCAGGCUGUCUAGAACCUCAUCUGGCCUGGCCUCAAUCACCUCCCUGGGCAACCCAUUCCAAACUCUCACCACCCUCUUGCUGAAGAACUUCCUCACAUCCAGUCUGAAUCUACCCAUUUUUAGCUUUGUUCCAUUCUCCCUAGUCCUAUCACUACCUGACAUCCUAAAAAGUCCCUCCCCAGCUUUCCUGUAGACCCCCUUAAGAUACUGAAAGGCCACAAUAAGGUCAUCUCACAGCCUUCUCAUCUCCAUAUCCUUCUUGUAAUAGGGGCUCCAAAACUGGAUGCAGUACUCCAGGUGUGAUCUCAUCAGAGUGGAGUAGAGGGGGAGAAUCGCCUCCCUCGACCUGUUGGUCAUGCUUCUUGAUGCAGCCCAGGACACAUCUGGGUCUCUGGGAUGCAAGUGCACAUUGGUGGCUUCUCGUUCACCAGUACCCCCAA